AUGCCGACCUUGAAGACUCUGCAAGUACCGUAUCAGAGGCCACAUACGCGCCCGUUACAGCAAUUUGCCGCCCACGGUGACUCGCAAUGUUUACCGGAAACAUCGCCUCAGUUGCUUGAAGAAGCUGCAGCAAAGCGCGUGACAUGUCGAAAGUACUCGCCAUUCGUGGCGGGAAGAGCACGCGUCGCGACCGUCACAGCGCAAUUUGGCGAGCCACAGGAACACUACCAAAGAGCGUUAAAGACACAUCUCCUUCACGCUCUGGUCCAUGGAACAGAGGUCAGAGUUAUGUGCGAUGCGAUGGUCGAUGACUUGUGGAACAAGCCAGCAUUCAUACUCAACCUUCUCAUGCAGGAGAUGCUCAAGCCCGAGAAGGAUCGACUGGAAUGGAUACAAUGGGUUGAUCGCGACACACUCAUCCUCGACCAGUGUCGACCAAUAACGAGUUUUCUGCCGCCAUCAGACGAAGCGCUCCGCGGUUCGUUGUGGGGCCGCAACGAUGAUGCCCCGAAGAACGAGACACACAUGCUCGUUACGAAAGACUGGAACGGCCUCAACAACGGCAUCUUCAUGCUUCGCGUCAACAAUUGGGCCAUUGACCUCUUCACCGCCAUUCUCGCCUUCAGGCAUUACAAGCCUGAUGUCGACCUACCUUUUACCGAGCAAUCCGCCAUGGAGCACGUCCUUCGUGAGGACCAAUUCAAAGAUCAAGCGCGAUACGUACCGCAACACUGGUUCAACGGCUACGAGGAAGGCGGAGCAGACUUGUUCGACAAAAGAGAAAACAUAGAAGGGAUGAAGGAAUACUUCGUAAGAAGAGGAGAUUAUCUGCUGCAUUUCGCGGGGCGGAGCGACAGGAGCAACUUGCUGAAAGAGUGGAGUGACAUGCUGGAACACCAGGGUGACGUUUGGCAAGAGGACAGGGUUCAGCGAGAUGUUCGUGCAGAAGUCCAAACGUUCUAUCGGGACCUCGGGCAAGGGAAGUGA